GGUGGUUUGGCCUGCGGGUGCACCAGGAAUGGUCAUCAAGACUCAGAAAGUAGACCUGGGCCCACGGCUCCCAGAGAAGAAGAAAAAGAAGAGAAAGAAGGCAAUGGUUACAGAGGUCACAGAACCAGAGACUCAAUACUCAGUCCUAAACAAUAACGACUAUUUUGUCGAUGUUUCUCCUCCAAGAGUCACAUCCCCCUUCAACAAUGUGGGUGAAGGACAGGACCCUGAGACAUCACUGGGCAAGAGAAAUAAGAAGAAAGCGUCCCCUAGUGCUCACUUGGAGGAGCACCUGGAGUCUGAGGCCACACAGAGAGGACGGAAAAAGUCCUCCAGCCCUAGAAGGCAGGAUCGUGAGCAGUCAGCAGAAUGCCUCAGUGGAGAGAAGAAAAAGAAGAGGAGGAAGUCCUUACCACCAGCCACCUCCCAAGGCUCAGUGCUGAAGACCUCCCCAGACCCCAAGUGUGCUGAGGAAGUAAGCAAAGCCAGUAAAACCAAAAAACACAGGAAAGAAAAAAAGGUUCUGGACACUGAGGCCUGUCCUCCCCAGGACUCUUGGUUCUGUGAGACUGGGGAUGCUCUGUGGCCAUGCUCAGGGGAGACAGAGGGUGAGGAGCAGGUGGCCUUGGGGCAGAAAAGGAAGCAGGGGAGCCCCAGAGAGCACAGCACAAAAGAAAAAAAGAAGAAGACCCACCAAGAGGGAGACAUGCUCCCAAUCCACUCCAAGCGCUCUGUAGAGAGCAGCCUGAAGAAAGGAAGUAAGAAGUCACUCAAAAGCGAAGUUUUGGACUACAUUCCCAUAGACAGCCCAAAAUCCCAUGGGAAGAAGAAAGUGAAAUCCAAGAAAAAGGUGGAGCAGCCAGACGGUGAAGGGCUGGCUGUGAAAAGGAAGAAAAAGAAGAGGAAAGACAGUGGAGUAAAGGAAGACCGCUGGCAGGAGGAAGAAGAGGAGUCGGACACAGACCUGGAGGUGGUACUGGAAAAGAGAGGCAACAUGGACGAGGCCUGCAUAGAUCAGGUGAGGAGGAAGGCCUUGCAAGAGGAGAUUGACCGUGAGUCAGGCAAGACAGAGGCUUCAGAACCCAAGAAGUGAACAGGAACCCAGUUUGGCCAGUGGGACACUGCUGGCUUUGAAAAUGAAGAGCAGAAGCUGAAAUUCCUGAACCUUAUGGGAGGCUUUAAGCAUCUGUCCCCGUCAUUCAGCCGCCCUCCCAGCAUGACUAGCAGGCACAACAUGGCCCUGGACAAGAAGUCUUCAGACACACUCCAGCAGAAUCUGCAGCAGGACUAUGACCGGGCCAUGAGCUGCAAGUACAGCCGUGGGGCUGGCCUGGGCUUCUCCUCUGAGGCUCGCAAGGUCUUCUACAUUGACCAGAACGCCUCCAAGUCUAUUAAGUUGCAAGAUUAAACUUUAUUGCCCUGUUCCUAAAACUGCAUUUCUUGAUCAGUUUUCCAUCUGCCAAGCUGGCUUGGAUCAGUCACCUGCAGAUAUUGAGGACCACUCGUGAUGAGUUUUGG